UAACAGGCUAACAAGCUAAUAAGCUAACAGGGUAACCGGGAGACUUAUCGGUUAAAACGCGAAGAAGAAACAACGGAAACGGAAGAAAAAGUUCGUGAGAGAGCGGAGAGCAGCCGCAGUGCCUGAUGGGAAACAUCGCGGACGUUUCUUCACUUUUCAAACAGUUCGGCUGCUGCUGCUAAAUGCUAGCGGCUAGCGUGCUAGCAGAGCGUAAAGUUUGAGGAAGUGCGACCUGUUCAGGAUGAGUGAGGACCCCGAGCUGCAGGGGGCGGCAGAGUUCAUCAGAGAGCGACUGUACUUCGCCACGUUACGCAGCAAACCCAAGAGCACGGCCAACACACACUACUUCUGCACCGACGACGAGUUCGUCUACGAGAAUUUCUAUGCAGACUUCGGGCCUCUCAACUUGUCCAUGUUGUUCAGAUUCUGCUGCAAACUCAACAAGAAGCUGAAGUCCUUCACUCUGACCAGGAAACGAAUCGUUCACUACACCAGCUUCAACCAGAGGAAGAGAUCCAACGCUGCUGUUCUGAUUGGAGGAUACGCUAUCAUUUACCUGAAGAAAACUCCAGAGGAAGCGUACCGAGCUCUGGUCUCUGGAUCCAACGCCUCCUACCUGCCCUUCAGGGAUGCGGCCAUUGGAAACUGCAGCUACAGUCUCACUCUGCUGGACUGUCUUCAGGGCAUCAGGAAGGCUCUGCAGCACGGCUUCUUUGACUUCGAGACGUUUGAUGUGGACGAGUAUGAACAUUACGAGCGGGUGGAGAACGGAGACCUGAACUGGAUCGUCCCGGGGAAGUUUGUGGCGUUCAGCGGACCGCACCCCAAAACUAAAGUGGACAAAGGUUACCCUCUCCACGCCCCCGAGGCGUACUUCCCCUACUUCAGGAAACACAACGUCACCACCAUCGUCCGUCUCAACAAGAAGAUCUACGACUCCAAGCGCUUCACCAACGCCGGCUUCGACCACUUCGACCUGUUCUUCAUCGACGGCAGCACGCCGAGCGACACCAUCACUCGCCGCUUCCUGCACAUCUGUGAGAGCACGGACGGGGCGGUGGCCGUCCACUGCAAAGCUGGUCUCGGCAGGACCGGGACUCUGAUCUGCUGUUACCUGAUGAAACACUAUCGCUUCACGGCGGCCGAGGCCGUGGCCUGGAUCCGGAUCUGCAGACCGGGUUCUGUGGUGGGACCUCAGCAGAACUACCUGGAAGACAAGCAGGCGGCGCUGUGGUUGCUCGGCGACACUGAACGCGCCCAGAAGAUCAAGCUCGAGGAGAGGGGCGUGUCUCACCUCAUCACCAGCAUGGACGACCUCAACCUAAACUCCGCCCUCAACAGCAGCACGAGCAGAUCAACGACCUCUGACCUUCUACACAAGGGGGAGCUAACAGACGGUGGCCUCGGUCUGACUCAGGGAGACAAACUCAGAGCGUUAAAGAGUCGACGCCCCCCCCGCCCCGCCACCACCGGACCCCUGAGGACGGACGACAUGAAGAUUCACAGCAGGUCGGCGUCUCAGCCGCUCAGGUUAUCGAUGGGAGCCCCCCCCCCCUCCCCCCUAAAGUCCUUCAGGUUCCCAUCGUCUUCGUCUUCAGCUGCAGCCAAAAGGAUCGGGAGGAGUGCGUCCUCCACGGCGUCCAACAUCAGGAGCUCAGCCCUUGGCUCCCGAUUGGCCAGCUCUCUGACUGACCUUUAUGUGGAGGAGGAAACAACAAAUCAUUAUUCUUCAGCUCCUCCCUCCUCCUCCUCUGUGCCCCUAAGCCCCUCCUCCUCCUCCCUGGUCCCGUCUUCUCUUUGUCGCUAUGGUAACGGCCCUCGCGGUAUGCAGCACGAAGUCAACAACAACAGCAGUCCGUUCAGCUCCACAGCGCCCCCUGCAGGAAAGAGCUUUGUCCGCCCUGGGGCCUACAGUGCCAUGAAGGGCCCCCCCACACGCUACCUGAGCCGCUCCAUACCUUCUCUUCAGUCGGACUUCAUCCAGUACUAAAACUACAGAUCUAACCUGAGGACACAUGGGACACAUUACCCACAAUCCCCCUGACGACCCUGAGAAGGAAGCGACUGAAGACGAACAGCUGCUCUUUCUACACUGAAUGUAAAUGAGAUGAUGUCAUCGACUCGUGUCGAUACAGAGACAGAUUUUAUAUAAAUGUAUUUUUAUUUUAACAAAGAUCGUUUAGAGUUUUCGAUGGAGCUGAAGGAUCAGCUGACGCAGCCCGCUCUGUCGUCAUGGUUACAGUAUUAACUUUGUGUUUGUGAGUCAGUGUGAAGGAUCCAAUCAUUUUAUUAUCGAUAGCAACAAUAAAGAAGGAAGAAGAAGAAACCGAAAACGGAACAUUAGCAACAAACUCAGGACAUGAAUGUGUUUUUAUAAACCAGCGAUGAUGUGUUCACUGACCAGUGGAACUUGUGUUAACACCGUGUGAUGUCAACACGUGUGUGGUGAGCGUGUUGUGUGUAUGGUGACGUGCUCAUUAGGGCUUCAGGAUACAUCAAAAAUGUAUCGCCAGGAUAUCGACAUGGGAUAUACAUAUUGCAAAAAAGUAUUCACGCUCUACAUGUGAAUACAUCAAUCAGAGGAGCCCUGCUGCAAUAGAUAAUAGAUUAAAUUAAUUGAAUAAUAUUCAGAUGGUCCCUGCGUUGUUAGAAUGUUUAUUAUCACAAGUCUUAUAGUCAUUAAGAUAUUCAACAAUGUUAUCUCAUGUUUUCCUACUAUUGUGCAGCCCUAGUGUGCAGUCUGCCUGUUUUUGUGUAUGUUGACAUGUCCGUGUUGACGUGUGUUGUCCGUGUGUUGGUGUAUUGUGUGUGUGUUGGUGUAUUGUGUGUGUGUGUGUUGCAUUGGGACACGUGUCCUCAGAGAAUGAUGAAAUCUGAGACGAGGUCCAACAUGUUUAUCAGACAGAAGUUAGCUCAGGAAGAACUUUGUUUCUGGGCAGAUGCUAAAUCCUUGUCAGCUGAUUGGCUGUCUGGAGAUCAGCUGAUCGAUUGAUCAGAGAAUAUUUCUCUAACACUUUCAAAAUAAAAGCUCUAAGGAAUAAGAACAAUGAAAUGUUUGAUAUUAAAACAGCAAAAAAAACAAAUGACGCUCAACCACUGGUUAAUUCUCCCCAGUCACAUGAUCAUGGUGAUUAUUAUCACUAUCAUCAUUAACAACAAUAAAUCUGAGAGAAGUGAACGAUUCACUUCAUAAACACAAAGUGCCUUUAUCUGUAGUUCACAAAGGGCUUUUAUUUUGCGGAGUGAUUUUAAUAAUCGUUUCUUCAGUCUGAUUCUUUAAAAAAAACUUAAUUCAAACUUUAUUUAAACAUAAUGAAGGGAUGAGUUACAAAAUACAUGU